UGUGUUUGGUGUCGGUUGGUGAUUUCGCUACUCCUGCCGAAGUAGAAGAACACAAUUUGAAGAAAAUUGGGUGACCUAGAUUUUGUUCAGCUAUGCAUUUUCAGGAGUGGUUACAAUCCCUUCGUACCAGUGGGGGGGUUCGAGGACCUGUAAACAAAGACUUCUGGAGCCUUGUCCCCUUUCUCCCUUUGUCGUCCUCUUUCUCCUUCUCCUCCCUCUCUCUAUCCCCGUCCUCUCUGCUGGGUAUAGGUGCUCUGGCCUCCUUCACUGCAUACUGGCUGGUGACUCGCCCUCGGCCCAUGCGCCCCCCUUGUGAUCUGAAUGCCCAGUCUAUCCCUGUACAGGGAGAGCCCAAUUGGAGGCGUUCAGCUUUGCUCAAGGACGAUGUCCUGUUGGAGUUCUACUAUGKUGACAUCAGGACAGCCUAUGACAUGUUCCAGAGAGGACUGAGAGUGGCAGGGGAUGGCCCAUGCCUUGGCUUCAGGAAACCUGGGGAGCCUUACCAGUGGAUCUCCUACACUGAGGUGGCUGAACAGGCACAGGUGCUGGGCUCUGGGCUUUUGGGCAAAGGCUGCCAACCAAAACCUGAGCAGUUAGUUGGAAUAUUUMCCCAGAACAGGCCAGAGUGGAUCAUUUCAGAGCUGGCCUGCUACACCUUCUCUAUGGCUGUGGUGCCCCUGUAUGACACACUUGGAGAGGAGGCCAUGGUGCAUAUCCUCAACCUGGCUGAGAUCUCCCUGGUGAUCUGUGACAAGGAGGAGAAGGCAGAGUCCCUUCUGGGGAAUAAGGAGAAGGGUGUGACGCCUACUCUCUCCUGUCUGGUGCUCUUCAAUCCCUGCAGUGAUGCCAUAGUGGAGAGGGGGAAGAACUGUGGAGUGGAGAUUCUAGAACUCACACAGCUCAUGGAACUUGGACGACAGAACCUCAGAGAUCCUGCGCCACCCCAACCCCAGGACCUGGCAGUCGUGUGCUUCACCAGUGGAACCACAGGAAAGCCCAAGGGAGCCAUGAUCACCCACGGCAACAUCGCCUCCAAUUCCUCCUCUGUUAUUAAGAUCCUGGAGGGGUCAUUUGUAAUUCAGCAAGAGGACGUGUCCAUAUCUUACCUGCCUCUUGCCCACAUGUUUGAGAGGAUGAUUCAGGUGUCCAUGCUAUGUCAUGGGGCCAGGGUAGGAUUCUACCAGGGGGAUAUCUCCCUGCUCAUGGACGAUAUUAAGACUCUGAAACCCACCUUCUUCCCAGUGGUGCCUCGCCUACUCAACCGCAUCUACGACAAGAUCUUAGGCUCRGUGACGUCCCCAUUACGCCGGGCAGUGCUGCACUAUGCAGUGAGGAGGAAGCAGGCUGAGCUCAGCAGUGGGGUGGUACGUAACAACAGUCUGUGGGACUGGCUGGUGUUCAACAGGAUUCAGGCUAAUUUAGGAGGUAAUCUGAGGUUCAUCCUGACCGCCUCUGCGCCCAUCGCCCCCACCGUGCUCUCCUUCCUCAGGGCCACCCUCGGCUGUCUGAUCUUCGAGGGCUACGGGCAGACUGAAUGCACAGCAGGCUGCACCUUCUCCAUGCCAGGUGACUGGAGUGCAGGCCAUGUUGGUGCUCCAUUGCCCUGUGCCAUGGUGAAGUUGAUUGACAUUCCUGAUAUGAACUAUUAUGCSAAGAACGGAGAAGGAGAGAUCUGUAUCCGUGGCCACAGUGUGUUCCGGGGAUACCUGAAAGAUGAGGAGAAAACAACAGAAGCCCUGGACAGUGAUGGCUGGCUGCACAGUGGAGACGUGGGCCAGUGGCUACCGAAUGGGACACUUCGCAUCAUCGACAGGAAGAAGCACAUCUUCAAGCUGUCCCAGGGAGAGUACAUUGCCCCUGAGAAGAUUGAGAAUGUCUACAUGCGUUGUGUCCCUGUGCUACAGGUCUUUGUGCACGGAGACAGCCUACAGUCUCACCUGAUCGGUAUUGUUGUGCCAGACCCAGAAGUGUUCAUUGACUGGGUUAAGGAGAGGGGAAUCUUUGGAUCCUAUGAGGAACUCUGCCAGAAUCCAGAUGUGAAGAAAGAAGUGUUAGAAGACAUGACAGCCGUGGGGAAGGAAGCUGGGCUGAAGUCAUUUGAGCAGGUGAAGGAUCUGCACCUGCAUCCAGAGAUGUUCAGUGUUAGCAACGGUCUCCUCACCCCCACUCUGAAGACCAGACGAGUGGACAUCCACAGGGUCUUCCAGGAACAGAUCACAAACAUGUAUAGCACAACAGCCAUCUAGAAGAACUCUAUCCACUGUAACAUGCUCACACACUCCAAUGACAUUUACAGUUGAAGUCGGAAGUUUACAUACACUUAGGUUGGAGUCAUUAAAACUCGUUUUUCAACCACUCCA